GAGAAGCUUUGACAGUCUGCGCUGCUGUUGCCAGAAGUUUGCCAUCUCUGCUGUCACUAGACUGAAGAGCAGAGAAGUCCUCUGAGCACCAUCUCUUGGAGACGUGGGGUCUAAACCCAGGAAGAGGCCUGGGCUUUUAGGGAUGUCUCAUCUAGAAAGUUACAUUCGGCAGGACUGGCGGCUAGUCCAUGACAUCCCAAUGGUCUAUGCAUUUUCUUUCAAUUGGGAAAGGAUCGACAACUUCCAGAGCAGGCCUGAGGACAUUGUGAUAGCCACAUACCCCAAGUCUGGCACCACAUGGAUGAGUGAAAUUGUGGACAUGAUUCUGAGCAAUGGCAAUGCUGAAAAAUGCAAGCGUGAUGCAAUCGUCAACAGAGUGCCCAUGCUGGAAUUUGCUGCCCCUGGAGAAAUGCCAGCAGGUACAGAGCAACUGUCCAAGAUGCCGUCUCCUCGCUUGGUGAAGACCCAUAUCCCAGUCCAUCUUCUUCCCAAGUCUUUCUGGGAGAAUGGCUGCAAGGUGAUCUAUCUUGCCCGGAAUGCCAAGGAUGUAGCUGUCUCCUUUUACCACUUUGACCUGAUGAACAAGAUGCAUCCACACCCUGGGAGUUGGGAAGAAUACCUUGAGAAAUACAUGGAGGGCAAAGUUGCUUUUGGUUCCUGGUAUGACCACGUGAAAGGCUGGUGGGAGAAGAGGCAGGACCAUCCCAUUCUCUACUUGUUCUAUGAGGACAUGAAAGAGGACCCAAAGCGUGAAAUUUGGAAGGUGAUGCAGUUCCUGGGGAAGGACCUGACGGAGGAGGUUCUGGAUAGUAUCGUUCAUCACACAUCCUUUGAAGUAAUGAAGGAGAACCUCAGCACUAAUUACAAGAUGGUCCCAAGUGCCCUGAUGGACCAAGCCAUUUCCCCCUUCAUGCGCAAAGGGAUUGCUGGUGACUGGAAGAAUCACUUCACUGUGGCCCAGAAUGAGAGAUUCAAUGCAGACUAUGAGAGGAAGAUGGCUGGGACCACCCUGCAUUUCCGAACAGAGGUCUGAUGUACCUGGAUGCUCAAGGCCGUGAAGUUAAUCCGUGGUUCUCUGGAGUUUCCCGUGGCAUCAGCUUUUUUUUUUUCUUUUCCCUCCUUCUUCCUUGAAAAGACGGGCUGUAGACUCGGAAAUGUCUCUACAGAACAGAGGCUUGGAUCUGAUGUGUUGGGGCACCUGCACCUGGAUGUAAUGACACUGAGAAGUGGGAAAUUGUUCUGAGUGUCUGGGGUUCCUUAUAUGAGCUCUGAAUAGCCAGAAGUCUCAUUCCCUAACUACCUCCCAUGAAAACACACCUGGUUUUGUCCUGUAAAUUUUAAGCACUGUAAUACUAGCCUGGACAGUUUCACUGUGAGCUUGGACCCAGAUUCAGAUUUGACAACGAAGUAACAUAGGCACACGGGGGCUGAUUUAUGGCAUCAGAAUCAUAGCUGGAAGGGAGCUUAUAGGUCAUCUGCUCUAACCCCCUGCACAAAUGCAGGAAUGUUAUUUCUAAAUCAUCCCUGUCCGAUGUGUAUCCAGCCUCCUUCUGAAAACCUCCAAAGAAGAUUGCACAGCUUUCAACCACUACAGUGUGUUCCACCAACACUGUAAAGCAGUAACUGGGGAAGUGCAGUUGAUAGAGAUCUUGGUUGGUCCUUCACAGCUUCUUCCACAGGGUAUGUUUACACUGGAAAAAUGAUGAUAGAUGAAUUUAGAAAUACACUUAACAACCAUACUAAAGAUCCAGGAACAUGGGCUUUAACACAUGGUGGCAAUUGGAGCAUGGGCCCCUGGUCUCUGUAGAGUUUGUAUUCUCCAGAAUGAUGAAGCCCCUGCUAAAACAUUUGCAUUGCUACUGUUACCAGGUUAAAUUAGCAUGUGCAAUA